AUGGAUCAAAAUACUGUUUAUCAGCUAUUUGUUGCCACAUAUCAAUCCGAUCCAAAUAUUCAUAAGCAAGCAGAGCUCAAUAUCAGAAGUAUUGAGACGCAUAAUGGAUUCCUGCCAAUUGUCUUACAGAUUCUUGCCUCGGAAGAAUUAGAAUUAGGUGCUCGCCAAGCAGCUGCAAUCUACUUUAAGAAUCGGAUUAACAAAGCAUGGGAUAAGUCCAAGAAUCCAGCCAAUCCAAUCAAUGAAGACGACCGAAAUAUCGUCAAACAGUCAAUUUUGCAGGCUCUUGUAACCGCUCCCAACGCAGUUCAAGUCCAAUUGACAUCAUCGUUAAACACAAUUCUUUGCAAUGACUUCCCUGACCUCUGGCCAAAUUUUGUUAAUGAGCUUCAGAACUUUCUCACUUCUUCCGAUGUUCGUUUGGUUUACGUUGGUCUUUUAGCUCUACGAGAGGUGGUCAAAGUCUAUCAGUGGAAAUCGAUGGAAAGACGCGAACCUUUACAGCACAUUGUAAAGUUGACAUUUCCUGCUAUCCAGAGCAUCUCUAGCAAUUUGUUAGCAUCUGAUAGCAUCGAGGCUGCUGAAAUGUUAAAAUUGGCUCUUAAGAUCUAUCACGCAAGCAUUCAGGUUGACUUGCCCAAAUGUUUGCAAGACUCCUCCUCUCUUGUUCCGUGGGGUACUCUAUUUUUGCAACUCAUUGAUAAGAAUAUACCCCAUGAAGCUCUUCCUGCCGAUCCAGAAGAACGUGAAAAAUACCCUUGGUGGAAGACAAAGAAGUGGGCAUACCACUGUCUCAAUCGACUUUUUAGCAAAUAUGGAAAUCCAGUUCUUCUUCCACCAAGUGCAACAAAGUACAUUGGGUUUUCUAAAGCUUUCACAGCUAACUUUGCUCCCAAUAUCCUCCAAACAUACCUUAAGCAAGUGGACGGCUGGAUAAAAAAGGAGAGUUGGAUGUCAACCAAAUGUCUAGCUCUAUCUGCUGCAUUUUUUAAUGACAGUAUCAAGCACAAGACGACUUGGCAGAUCCUCAAGCCUCAUGUGGAAACUUUGGUCGGGCAUUUCAUUUAUCCACAGCUCUGUUUCUCUAUUGAAGAUGAAGAGCUCUGGGCUGAGGACCCAGUAGAGUAUGUACACAAGAAAAUCGAUCCUUUGGAUGAUUUAGAUUCACCUCAGAUGACAGUGACAAACCUAUUGAUUGAUCUUGCUCAGGAUCGUAAAAAGCACACGUUUAUGGGAAUCUUGGGAUUUGUCAACCAUGUACUAAACAAAUACAUCGAUACGCCCGAAGAUCAAAAGAACGGACGUGAAAAGGAUGGUGCGUUGUGUAUGAUUGGAUGUCUUUCACAGCAGAUCUUGGAAAAGAAGUCGAAUGUAUCUGGAAUGAUGGAGCCUUUCUUUGUUACUCAUGUUUUUCCCGAAUUUAAGAGCAGGUUUCCAUUCUUGAGAGCAAGAGCAUGCGAUAUUUCAAAGUUUUUUAGUAAUCUUGAUUUUACAAAUGAGCAAAACCUAUCCACCUUGUAUCAAAGUGUUCUUGAUUGUCUUCAUGAUACUGAACUACCAGUCAAAGUCCAAGCGGCUCUUGCAUUACAACCUAUGAUUCGUCAUGAGAGUGUCAGAGAAGCCAUGGUCCCACACUUGCCAUUUAUUAUGCAAGAGUUUCUCAACCUCACAAAUGAAAUUGAUAUUGACACACUUGCGAAUGUUAUGGAGGAGUUUGUUGAGGUGUUUGCUGAGCAACUGACACCAUUCGCUGUUCAAUUGUGCACCCAGCUCCGAGAUACAUUCUUGAGAAUAAUGGAAGAUAUUGCUCAGGCAAACAACAUAAAUGGAGAUGACGAAAAUGGCUCAUUUAAUGGAGACAUUGAUGAAAUGAGUGACAAGACUAUGGCCGCCAUGGGAGUACUAAAGACAAUUGGAACCUUGAUUUUGAGUCUGGAAAGUACCCCCGAAGUACUCCAGCAGUUAGAAGAUGCAUUGUUGCCUGUGAUUACAUACACCCUCGAGAACUCUAUUGUGGAUUUGUACAGUGAAAUCUUUGAGAUCAUAGACUCUUGUACAUUCUCAGCCAAGCGUAUUACACCUACUAUGUGGGGUGUAUUUGAGUUGAUUUACAAAGCAUUCAAGGAUUCGGGUAUUGAUUUUAUGGAUGAAAUGCUGGCCCCCUUGGACAAUUAUAUUUCAUAUGGAAAUAGCGUCUUUAUUACCAACGAGGGAGUCCAGCAUAUGAUGAUUGAUAUUAUCGAUACAGUGAUGAAGAGUGAUCGAGUGGGAGAAGCUGACAGAGUAUGUGCCUGUAAAUUGAUGGAGUCUGUUCUAUUGAAUUGUCGUGGCCAUGUUGAUGGGUAUGUGGCACCAUUCUUGAACCUUGCUUUCCAGUACAUAUUUACAGGAUCUAUGAAAUCAACCGAGUUCAAAGUGCACUGUAUUGAAGUGGUUAUCAAUUGCUUCUACUAUAACCCUGUACUGACCCUUCAGCUCCUGGAAAAGAACCAAUGGACACAAGGGUUCUUUAGCUUGUGGUUUAGUACGUUGCACAAAUUUUCAAGAGUUCAUGACAAGAAACUUGUCAUCAUCGCUCUUUGUGCCCUUUUGGAAGCACCUUCUGAACACAUUCCGCUCUCUCUGCAGGCUGGCUGGCCACAAAUAUUGAGCAACAUAGUAAAUGUUUUCAAAACAUUGCCAAAGGCUAUAGAAAAUCGGGAAGAAAUGGAGAAACUAUAUGGUCAGGGCUACAACGAAGAUGAAGAAGAGGAUGAAUUUGCAGGAGAAGAGUCGCUUAGUGCUGUUGAUGGAGAGAGUGCAGAUGAUGAUGACACUGACAAUGGAGAUGACGAUGUUGAUGAUGAGGGAAGCAAUUAUCUUGAAUAUUUGGCUCAGCAGGCGAAUGUUCAAGCCAACGAGGACACUUAUGAGGAAGAAGAUGACAUGGAAGAAGAGAUCUUGUUUGAAUCUCCUUUGGAUGAGAUUGACCCUUACAUCCGUUUUGAGCAAGCUUUUAGAGGCUUGCAACACAAUAACCCCCCUUCAUAUGCUCUGCUCACGAAAGACUUGGAUAAUGAACAGCAAAAUUUGAUAAUGAGCGUCUUGUCUGUAGCUGAACAGAAUCGCGUCGCUUUGAAUUCUAUUAUGAAUGCGCUUUAAAUCCAAUAUUCCCUUUUUCUGUAUUGAAAGAUGAUUGAGCAAUUAUAUCUCCCUACCCACUCCCCUUCCUUCUCUUCUUCUUUAUAUAUAUAUAUAUAUAUAUAUAUAUCUUGAACCCUUUUACUAAUUUAUUUCAAACCAUUCACCCUAAUUACUGUGACAAACAUUUUAGGAGACAAAAAAUAUCAAGUAGAUUAACUUUACAUCAUGUACUUUCACGUGAUGAGU